AGCAACACAAAGCACACACAUUUGUUCCAACAGCAGAUUGUUCGAUUGGUGAACAACUAUUAAAAGAUGGCACCACCGAGAAUGAAGCUUCACAAGACGACGGGAAAGCUGAAGACCAUCCCUAAACCCGGCACAAAUCAACCUGCACGUACAGCGACCGACGACCCGUCGCCAACGAAUCCAGCACAAUCCGAGUCCGAUCGUCAGUUUGAAAUGGAACUUUACUGGUGCAUUCAACAGCUAGAGUCGUCCCUCUGCCUGCCCCAAGUGCGUGAAAACAGUAAAAAAGUGGAAGACACAACCAAACUACUCACUACGCUGAAGAGCGCCACGCAACCGAUCAUUCGCAAACGACAGAUUAUGCGUACCACCUUCGGUGACUACCGCAGCAAAAUGGCCGCCGAGGAACAGUCGCUGUCCGUCGAUCCGGAAAGUGUGCGGUUUGAGGAGCUGAAAGAAAAAACGCGCUAUCAUUAUCUUAAAAAGUCUGCCAUUCUUAGUGGGGAGAAAAACUUCCGGUUCAACUUUACGGCCGACGGUGGUAACGACACUGGCGAUGAAGUGCUGGAACAAGAAAGUAGCGCGCCACGGACAGCGAUCGGUACGGUGAAAAUUGCCCCGUCGGAUAAUUCUUUUCGCUUCAAUUUUUCACCCAACAAUGAUUAGGGCAAGUUUCGUAGGAAUAAAAACAAAUUAAAAUUGAAAAAAUGAAAAUUAUGCGAUUAGAGACUGCAAGGGCCAAUUAGUAAUAUAUUUAUCAUUUAAU